AUGCGGUUCAAUCAAGAGACGGCAAAACGCCUGCAGGACGAGCAUCCGGAGCAGUUUGUGACGCUCGUGCGAAUGCACCUGUCGUUUGUGUUGGAUCUCAACACGGAUACAGAAAACGAUCCCGUCGAGGUGGACAAACAUAAGAACAAGAAAUGGAAAGGGUUCCACAAGAAGGCCAAAGGAUGUACCUCGGUGAAGGCGACGUCGCCCGAGACGGCAAAGACCACCCUGACCGCCGCAAUCAUCGACAACCUCCGGCAGCUGAUUGCCUUCCUCGAACAGGAACACAACAUCUCCCAGGAGGGCAUAUUUCGUAAAACGGGAUCACUCACGCGCCAGAACGAGCUAAAAAACUUGCUCGUGCAGGGAAACGCACUGCACCUCGAUCAGGGUGACUACACGGCACACGAUUGUGCCAGUGUGCUGAAAAACUUCCUGUCCGAGCUCUCCGAACCGCUGCUGACCGAGUUGUACUAUCCGGCGUACCGGCAGGUAGCGGAAAGCUUCACUACCAAAGAGAGUGAACCGGGCCGUGGGGAAGACUGGCUGCUGAAUGCGCUCCAACUACUGUUACUGCUACUGCCCGAAGAGAACCAUAGCCUGUUCCGAUGCAUCAUCGAUCUGCUGUACCAAACGGUCCAGCAUCAAACGACCAACAAGAUGUCGGCCGUAAACCUGGCUACACUCUUCACGCCUCACCUGAUCUGCCCGCGGAAGCUCUCAGCCAAUGCACUGCAUGAAACGGCCUCUCAGAUGUUCGCUAUCAUCGAGUUUAUGAUCAAAACCGGUGCCCGACUCUUUCACAUUCCCACGAAACUGGCCACCGACAUUCGGAUGUACUUUGUGGAGCAGAAACGCCGCAAAACUAUGUCCCCCGAGCAUAUCCUGAACGAAUCGACAACCUCCGAUUCGGUCGCCAACACGGUCUAUACGUUCGUCGAUCGGGAGAAGACGGCUGAGGCACACAUCAUGAACUCGACUGACACGGCUCUGGCCCAACUGUACGCUCACAUCCAGAGUUUGCCGGAGUCGUCCAAAAAGAAGAAGCUGGUUAGCAAGUUUAAUCGCCAGAACGGGUACGGAACACCGCUGCAGGUGCUGAUGCUGCGCGAGAAGAAUGGCACCGCCGGGUCUGGCGGUGCUGGGUCCGGGGGUAGCGUAGGGCCAAAGUAUCCACGAUCGUUCGGUGAUUCCAUCAAGCGGCACAUUUUCCACAAGUCGCUAAUGUCGCGAACCCCGAAACGAUCGGGUGCCUCCGGUGGCACCCAAACGCCAACGCUCUUCCAGACACCUAACGGGAGCAGCUACCAUGGCGCGAAACAGCGUAUUCUCUUCCAGAGCCCGGCAUCAUCCUCUUCAUCCAACAGCUCUCCGGUACCCUUGAAACGUUCUUCCGUACUUCCGGCCUCGUCACUACUAUCCGGAUCCGGAACUCCUGGAUCGAAGCAAAAGUCCUUGAAAGUAGGCUCGGAAACUCGAUCGCCGGUCAUUGAUGUGAGCCAACGGGAUAUUGAACAACAGACGAAAGACCACAAACGAAGGUCAACGGAAGUGACAGGAUCGGCUACGACGACCACCCCAUCAUCCGCUAUGCACACCGCAGCAUCGGGCGACGAAUCGCAUACGGAGCGAAAACGCAGCCGCCUUGAGGGUGAUCGUUCGGAGGAAGAGGAACGUCCCCGAUCGGUGGCAGUGGUGCGUUUCGCCCCCGACGACGAAGCGAGCCAAUAUUCACCCUCCGUAGAUGAUGAGGAUUUUGUCGAACGAGAAGACGACGAUUUGAGUGCCGAUAGUCUCAACGGCAACAAUCACGACUAUCGCAACACCGACGGCGAUACUGAAUCAACGGACGAUGAAGAAUUUUCGCCCGGAUUGCUGCCGGAUCGAGUGCUUAGCGACACCGAGGACGAGCGUUACGGACCAUCGCCCAUUCCUGGCUGUUCGUCAACACUCGGCGAAAGUCGCUCCCGGUAUCGAUCGGAACCGAAUCUGAGUGCGAUCGUUCACCGGAAACACUGCUAUCGUGCGCUGCCCACAACCACCAAUUUGCUCGUCGAAGAAGGCGACGCAGACGAUGGGCCAUCAACGGCCGGAGGUUCUAAAACCGGUACCCCGUCGGUCACGGUCGGCAGCGCAACGAAGCAACGGAAAAAUAUCACCUUUUUUAAAAACAAACUAAUCAAGGGUGUGUCGAUGGGUAACCUGCGGUUUCCGUUCGGUAGCGAUAGCAAAUCGAACAAGAAAAACAACACACAUCGGCGGUCGAGUGAAAGCGUGGAUCGGUGCGACACGAAGGACGGAAGGCCGCCACGGUCGAGCUCUACGGUGGCAAAUAUUUACGACCGUUCGGCUGUAUCUUUUUUUGCUACGAGCACCGGUAUCGGUAGUUGCGAUGGCUCGAGAGAAACUUUCCACGGCGCAGAGCUUCGCCGGCCCGGAUGGUCGGGGAUGCUUCGCAAAAGUGAUCAGAACGAUGCGCUGGAAGCAGCAACUGACCGUGGCGGGUGUCCGACGAGCUAUCUAACAAGCACGCCCGGUCCGGCCACGCUCGAUGGCCGCAACUCGAUGUCGCCGAUCACGAAGAGCACCCAGAGGAUGCCAAAAUCGAUGCAGGAAUCGAUCAUGACACCGCGUUCUCGCAAGCCGGUCAUACUGUUGGCCACCCUGAACGGUGUGGAUCAGCAGCAGCAGCAACAGUUGCUCUCAACUACGUGUGCCAGCUUUUCGAGUCUGCGUGAAGAGGACGAAGAGUCAGAUCCGGAACCAAUGAUGGAACCGGCCGGAUUACUGCUCUCAACAGGGCGCGUGGCUUCGCACGUUGAUCAAAGCAUCAAAAAGCUAAUCAACGAUACGGGUUUACCACCGAUCGCCGACGAAAUAGGACUGCCGCCGAUACCAUCUUCUGCGGCCCAUUUCCUGAGCGGUGGUGAUGCUCCGGAACCAGUUUCGUCAUCCGACACGCUGACCACCAACUUUCGAGACUAUCUGCUCAGCCGCAGUGUAAUGCCCGAAAGUCCGACCGAUCUGUCGUUCGCCACGCAGUCGGAUGAUUUUGAAUCGUCGGCCGAAAUGCUCGAACGGUUGAGUGAAUCAAAGAUGAGCGAAAGUUUGCUGCACUGUCUGGACGGUAACGCACCGGUUGAACCUGCUAAUGGGCGGCCAGACGAUGUUGCUGCCGUCACCCGUGGCCCAACGGCGGCCACGGAACCGAAAACUACGGAGCUCGAGUUGGACGAAACCGCUCUGUGAGGGGCUUUUAAGUAUUUUUUUUAACGAGAAGAACAGAUCAUGAAAUGUAACGCAUUUGCAAGUAUUAGUUUGAGUUAAAGACAAACCAAUCAAAAUUUGUAUACAUUUCCGAUGAACCGCAACGGCGAAGGAAGGAACGUGUAUCAAACAGGGACAGAAGCGGAACGCGGAAGUUCCGCUGCCAAUCACGCGAUCAUCUAA